AUGUGCGGCUCACUGGUGAGAAAGAAACGAAAGAAGAGGAGCUGUGUUGAUCACGAACAGGGUCAUAUCAUAGGUGAGGGCUCCGAUCACGGCCGCCGGCCACCUCAGGCCACGCGAGGGGAGGGCGAGCAUGCGAAGCUCGGUGGUUGUGCGGCGGUUGCGGAUGAAGGAGAUAUGGAGAGGUCAGGUAAAGGCUCCUCCCGCUCCCUUUCACCCGCUACGCACGCACGUUGCGUACGGUUCCCCAAAUUGGCAGGCAGCGACCGCGAGCGCGAGCGCGACGGCAACAAAUCAACGAUUCCCAACGGGGCGGCUGUUGGCUCCACGCCUCCACCCCCCCGCCCGCGCCGAAACUUCUCCCGCGUGCCCAGGAAGGCCGGUGCGAAGCCCACGCCCGCGCGCCAUGUCGCCGUCGCGCCCCCUGCCCCGCGCGCGCGCGCGCGCCCACGCAACCAAAAUCCAACGACGACGGCGUCUGAGAAUCUCAGCUCGCUCAUCGCCCGUCGCCCGUGCUAUAAAAGCGAGCGCUUCGGCGCGCAUCUGACUACAGUUACUCGCAGCUGGCCCCCCGGUUGGCGGCCCAUGCACAUGGCGCUGUCGUCCCGCAGCUCGUUCGCCGCCGCCGACGUCCUCCUCCCAGCAGCCAUGGCGUAUCGUCAGCCGUGCAGCGGCGGCGGCGGCGGCCCUGCUACCUCCAGCUACUUCGGUUCUCGGCCCGCGGCCCCUUUUUUCCCGUUCGGUACGGCGGCGCAGCUGGACGUCUUCGAGUGCCUGUCGGACGAAGGCGGCGCCGUCCCGGCACCACCGGCAGCUGUACCUGGUGCGUUCGCGACGCCGCCGCCGCCGCUGCCGCUUAUGCCGGCCGAGCGCGUCGUCCCGGACGCUGCUGCAGGCUAUAGUAGUCAUGCUAGGAGUGCGGCGGCGGCGGCGGCGGGUGAGGGGCCGCCGAGGAGGACGGACAGAAUUGCGUUCCGGGUGAGGUCGGACGACGAGGAGGUACUCGAUGACGGCUACAAAUGGAGGAAGUACGGCAAGAAGUCCGUCAAGAACAGCCCGAAUCCGAGGAACUACUACCGGUGCUCGACGGAGGGCUGCAGCGUCAAGAAAAGGGUAGAGCGAGACAAGGACGACCAGAGAUAUGUGGUGACCAUGUACGAGGGAGUGCACAACCAUGUGAGUCCUGGUACCAUCUAUUACGCCACCCAGGACGCCGCCUCCGGACGCUUCUUCGUCGCCGGGAUGCAUCAGCCAGGCCACUGAUCAACCAACCAGAGAUCAGAGCAUGUUAUUAAGUAAUUAUUAGUGUAAGAGAUAGAUACACACUGCACACUGACUAUCUUUAGGGUAGAGACAAACCUACUCAAGAUAUAUAGAAACUGACGUGACAUGUCGCUUAUAGCUUGUCAUAUCUCUCUCUAUCGGUCCCUUCUGGUUUAACGUGGGGCUAGAUGAUUUUGUGCUGCUACUAGGAGGCUAAUUUUAAGAGGAAAAUGGUAUAUGUGUUCAUUUGAAAUGUGCUACAAAACAAAUGCAAUUUUCACUUU